AUGUUGCCAAACAAAAACGAUGUACCGCAAACAGAGAGAUCGGCAAUUGAUGGCGAUUGGGUCAUCUCGCUCAAUAACAAGCGGAUCCGCAUAGAGCAGGGACGCGCCUACGCUCUGGACACCUGGCAGCACGCCCUCAUCUGGACCAUCCUGCCAGAUAUGGUUGUCCUGCAGAACAUCGAAACUGUCGGGCCGGGGACAUUCGAAGCCGACGAUUUACCCCUGCUGGGUCGAGCACAGAUGCAGCGGCUCGAUAGCGGAGAUCUCGACGUUACCGUAUCCACCGCUCUGGGACCGGUCAGAUACCAGCUCCGACCGGUUCAGUCAUUUGUAUCGGCGGAAACAGUUGAUCCCGAGGAGCGCGUUGAUCCUGCCGAUGAUACCUAUGUCGAAGAACAGGACAUCGCCGUCUUUGAGACUGAGUCUGGACCUGGACCUGAGCCUGAGCCUGAGCCUGAGUCUGAGCCUGAGCCUGAGCCUGAGCCUGAGCCUGAAUACGAUUUCGAAGACGAAACCACCAUAUUCACCGAGCCGACAACAACCCGGCUUCCAGGCGGUAACCCGCAAAAACCAGUGCAAGCGCCGGCACCUGAAUUUCUUACCUAUGACGUAUUCACGGGCUGCCAGCCCGACCAACCAAGCGCCCCAGCGGGCGUAAGCCCGCGGGAACGUAUCGAGUCACGAGUAGAUCGCGUCACCCAACGUCAAUUUGCCGGGUUCACACUUGACGAAGCACGCGUCAACACCACAGAUGACAAGCAGUUGGGUGUUUGUUGGAUGCGCCUGGAUGGUGUGUGGCAGGAAAAUAGAAAUAUCAGUUUGGAUCGCAGCAAAGAUCAACCGGAUAUCUGGGGUACUGAUUCACCGGAGUUGAUUGUACUCGCUAACGGCAACUACACCGACCCUCGACACCUCUUCAUAGGCAGCGUCGGCCGCGAUGACCAGGAAAUAUGGGUAUCCGAUGGGCUUUCCGCCAACGGCUUUGUCCACUUCAUCAGCAACGAUGGGUUAACCCUCACCGAAACCCUAACAGAGAAUGGUCCAACCAAGACUUAUCGGGCCAAAGGACCCAGCUAUCUGGGCCAAAGCCUCAAAGUAGAUUUAACCGCCUCAAAAAGAGCGCGCUUACGGCUUAACAACUUAAUUUACCUACGACCCACCCUCGAACUAUCCGAGGCGGCCAUGCAGGAGCAGAUGGCGUCUAACGAUGCUUUUCUCUUGCAGGCCAACCUGGAAAACCUGGUUGCCAGCAGACGAGGAUACGACGCCGUAAAGCAAGAUCCAUUUUUCCUGCUCAACAAUAAAAAAAUGGCUGUUUUUGCGGAGUUUGACCCCAAGCGCUAUUACAUCACCGAACAGCGCAUUAUCCCGGUUGGUUACAAGUUUGUGCAGAACGGCGUGCAGGGUAUGAUCUACAACAAGAGCAUGACCACCACCGCUCGAGAGUAUCAGGAUUCUAUCAGCACAACUCUGGGUGCCACGCUGGAAGGGAAAACCGACCCGGCGGGUUUUGGUGGCAAUGCAUCUGUCAGCGUUGACGCGUCUGCAUCCUGGUUAAAGCGUAUGGAGGAGAGCAAACACGUCGCUCAGGCCAUCGGCUAUUCCCGCGCAAAAAAGUAUGCCCUCGUCCUCGACCACCCGUUUGUCACGUUAUCGGAUGAUUUUAUUGACGCCAUUGACGAUGCGCGUGAGAUUGGUAACUACGAACACAUCAUCCGCCAGUUUGGUACACACUAUCCCUAUGCAGUGACGUACGGCGCGGCAGCCAAGAUUACCCAAUCUGUAACCGAAGAGCGUUUCAAAAAAGUAACUGAAUGGAAUGCUGGAGUGUCCGCCUCAAUGGCUGGCGGCGCCCUGGGGCAAAACGGAUCUGUACGCGGCAGCAUUAACGCCGGCAGCGUGAGUGGCACUUCCGGCAGUUUAGGUACCGAGGAUACAACCUUUGUUGCAGUGGGCGGCAAUGGAUCAUGGAACGAAAAUGGCUACUCACUCGGCCCCACACCCUACCCAAUCCUGCUGGAUCUACGGCCUCUGCAUGAAUUGCUGAAUCAUUUGAACUUCCCCGAUCAGCCAGAGGUGUACACCCAGGUUCGCGCCGGAUUAAAGCGUACGUUAGAAGCUUACAUCCAAAGCCACGCCGACAAAGUCAGUGAUCGCAGCCUGUUGCCUGCGAUUCAACCCUUAAAACUGGAAACCUGGCAUCUGUAUGUGCGUGAGGUCUGGUGUACCGGCAAAGGUGCCGGAUUAGUCCACAGCGCGACGGGUAAGCUCGAGAUGGAAGCGUUUAUGGGGAAUAAAUCCAAGGGUUACCUGAGCACGCCGCACAAAAACUUCGAAACCAAGUGCAAGAAAAAGAAAGAAGUUAUUAAACAUAGCUACAAAAAGAGCAGCCCCGGACUCAUCGAGAUCACCGGCACUCGCGAACAGAUUGCCGCUUACGCGAUGAAGCUGCGCCUGCAGUGGCGCUACACGCCCAGCAAUAAAAACAAGUGGCGCAACCACAGCAAAACGUUUGUUGGAAUCAGAUAUAUGAGAAGCUUCAAAACAAUCAAAAGAACUGCUGCGGUACUGUUUACCACAGCGACUAUUGCUGCGCACGCGGAGUACACACCGGACACCAUUGAAUUUCCAAGCUCUGCGCCUCUGGCAUUCGACUCCGCACCAAUAUUGAGUCUUCCCGAGGGCGGUGCCAUCGAGUUCUGGGUAGGGACGGAUUGGGCCGACAACCCAGGCUAUCAUCCGGUAAUUCUCGCCAAUGGCAGCGCAGAAUCACCCAUCUAUCAGAUAUCCAUUUCGGCAAAUCAGGACGCACUACUUGUCCAGACGGGGCAGGAUUUUGGCCAGUUUCCUUUCAACUUCUCAGAUGGACGCACGCAUCAUGUCGCCCUAUUAGAUUUUGCUGAACAAAUGAUCGCCUUUGUCGAUGGCAAACUCCUCGGCUCAGUUGAAAUGUCUAUUCAGCCAGGUCCAAUUAAUGAGUUUAUCGUGGGUUCCGCAUCCGGCGGCAAAGCGCCAUUUAUCGGCGCUGUUUCGGCGAUACGGAUCUGGGAUGUACCCCCGGAGCCAGAGGACACCGCAGUGUUUGCGCUGCGCGAUGUGAACGAUGCAAGCGAUCCUCAUCCGAACCUCGACAACCUGGUGGGCAUCAGCGAUUUCCGCAAUGGCACGUUCUCGAUUGUCGACAGCUUGGUGCUGAACGAAUCUGAAUUAAUGACUCGCGCCGAGGUAAUCGAGACACUCGGCGAGGCAGAAGUGCAGGCACUCGAUCAGAAAAAGUCCAUCGAGCGGAAAACGCGAAACCUGAAGAAUCUCACCACACGCAUUGAUGGCAUGGUUGCUCUGGUCACGGACAUGCAGCAGCGUAACGUCACAGACAUGAUGGCAGACAACCAGACCAGGGCGCGGCUGCAUGAUCUCGCAAAACGUCAAGGUAAUCUGAAAAGAGAACUGGUGAAGCUCAAAGAGCAGUCUGUGCAGCAGUACGCUGCAUCCCGCGGCAUAACCUUGAUCCCGGCACCACCCACGACAGCGCCACCGCCUCUUCCCUCGCGGCGCGGCCAAAGUCACCAUAGACCCACAGAUUUAGUGCAGAGCCGCAUGACAUUAACGCAUCCGAUCGCGUGGGUUUUCCUGUUAGUUAUGAACAGCGUGCACGCCGCGAGUUACGAGCCCGACAUCCUCGAAUUCACCGCCAGCAGCGAUUUGGCGUUUCCGAGCCAUACCGCCUUUGCACUUGCCGAACAAGCAACCGUGGAGAUGUGGGUGGCUUCAGGCUGGCAGGAUGAUCCUGACUACGAUCCGGUUCUGCUCUAUCACGCCAGUGAGGAUGAACAUUUAUACGUACUUAGCAUGCUGGGAGACCAAUCGGGGUUGUCUUUACAGGUGGGUGACAGUGUCGAUGAGCUACCGUUCUCUUUCUCUGAUGGUCGCUUACACCAUGUUGUUUUGAUCAAUCUCAGCGGCAGCGUCGCGUUGAUGGUGGACGGCCAGAUCCUCGGGCGUUUUAACAUCAGUUUACCGACCGGGUCCGGCAGCACUUUCAGAUUAGGCAGUGCACCAGGUCCAAGUGCCUCAUUCGUAGGCGCGAUCGGCGGGCUACGUAUCUGGGACAUCGCGGUUGAACAGGAUGUUCUGAUCACCUACGCACUGGCUGACAUUUUCAGUGCCACUAACCCGCAUCCGGAUAUAGAUUCGCUGACUGCUUACAGCGACCUGCAUAACAACACCAUCGAACUUAUGCCUGAGGCUGGGGAAAUUCAAUGA